AAUACGCCAGCUAAAAGCUGAACAUCCGUACAGCAUGAAGUGAUUAUUACUGUCCUCGAGCGUUUAAAGUGCGUUAUUUAUUCCCUAACUUGAGAAUGCGAAGCAAUAAAUGUGUUGGAACUAAUACCGGACAAUGCUCUUGCACUAGAAGUAUUCACUUCAGGGAAAGUGAAAGGUAUAUGACGCUGACAUCAAGAGGCGAUUCAUCACUUUUACAAGAUUUCUUUUUUUAACAGGGCACAACUAAGAGAAGAUUAUGGCACCUUCUCCUCUGCAUGUGUUUAAAAAGGAGACUGGAUUUGCACAGGAAAACCAGCCUCAAAUUCUGGUUUGUGGUUUUUUAGUGGCUGGGGGAGCCUUUCUGCUACUGGUGCUGCUCAUGUUUCUCUGCAAUAACUGCCAGAGCAGGAACAACAAAGAAAAGAAAGUAAAGAUUGAUGGUGUGAAGUUAGUUGGUAUGUCCGUAGGGCACAUGCACCAGCUUCGACCUGUUAAUACACCUGAACUGGGAGUACGCAAUCUUAGCAGAAUGUCUCACCAUGGUGAAAAUGGUCUCAGAAGUUGGUCAGCCAGUAUGGAUUACCUACAUCCGCUAGGAACAGAACAUUUGGAGGAGGGAGCAAGUGAGGAGAGAAAUUCAAGAAUUCAACAGCCCCGAGAGUUACCCAGACUUCCUGAAAACAAUUGCGAAGGUGGAAAGCUGCCUGCUUUGAGAAAUACAACUGAUAUGGAUUGUAUUUAUGCCAAUGCGGAAAGAUAUCCUUGUCAGGAGAACUCUGUUGAAGACUCGUUGUAUGAAAGUGUUGGAACCAAUCAUGAAGUAGAUCAUAAUAAUCUUCAAAGUGUUAGGCAAUCAAAGCUUGAAUAUAGAGCUAAUGAAAUAGGAGCAUCUUUAACGCCUCAAAGACCACUGACACAACGUUUUCAGGAGUCGCCUAGAAACAUGGACGCACCAGAGUAUGCCUCAAUUCGAAGAAUGAAGAAGAAAGAAAGGCUGCCAAACCUGGAGGGUGUACAGGAACAGCAACCAAGAACAAAUGUAAAGAAAGGUAAUGUGAUGUUACCAGGACCUAGAAACUAUGGGAAACAAUUAAGGAUUGAAGAAAAAUCUACUUUAUUACAGACUGAGAAUCACAGUUCUGCGAUACAAGGCAGCCUGAAGUCUAUCACAGAGUAUGAAGCAACAAAAUCCCUAAAAGAAUGUAGGGAGGAGAGAAUUCCAUGUGCAAAUCUAACCGAAGGACGGCCAAAUGCUGAUAGUGCCUGUUUUAAGGGAAAAGGUUACAGCUUCAAUAAAUCGCAUGAACAACUCCACUCACUCACAGAUGAAGAGAUUGCAGCAAUGUAUUCAAAGGUGGUAAAAAAAGGUCCCAGAAAAGAAAUAGCACUAUCACUGAAUACAGGACUCCAAAAAGGAGGCAAAUUAAAUCAUCACUUCUGGUCCACUGGGAAUUUAAAUGAAGAAGAGUCAGAAUAUGAGUCCAUCAAGAGCCCACGGUGGCACUCAGGCAAUCAGAUAACAGGUGACGAAUCUGAUUAUGCUUCAGUUAAUGAAAGGAUCUGGGAAAUGAAAUUCAGAAAUGAAGUUGGAGGAAGAGAUGAAGAAGAGGAGGAGGAAGAAGAACCUGACCCAGGCUACGAAGCAAUUAACAUGAAAUGGAAGAAAAUUAAUUUUGCUAUUAAGAGUGGCAAAAUACACAAGAUUGCUCAUGAGGCACAAACAGAAAACUAUUAUGAAAGUAUCAAUGAACUGCAGCAGAGCUGUACACGUACACGAGUGCUAACAUCAGCUGAUGGCAAAGAGGUCUACAUAACAGGACUGUAGAUGAGCAUUCCAUAAGAUGGAGUAAAACUCCACUUGUGGUUGAAGUUGAACUGACAAUACCCUUUUCUUAAAAGGAGGAGGUCUGAGUUAUAUGAAGCAGUUUGAUCAUUUCAGAAAAACCAUGACCGAUGUCUUAUGCAAUAGUAGAAUUUUUAGAUCCUGUGUCUGAAAUAUAAAACACAUAAUAGUAUUGAUGAACUUGUUGCCAAUACUAGUGGAUGUACACUUACAAAAAAAUAGAGGAGCUGAUAUUGAAAAUGACUUCUUCCUGAUUAGUAUGUUUAAUGUUCAUAACUUUUAAAGGAAAAAAAUAAUACUCAUCAUGAAGAGGUAAAUUUCUGUAAUUUACUUGACACAAUAGUCUAGAUCUUCUAGUCUCUGAAUAAUUGGAGACUGGAUGUACCCAACAAGAUGUAUGUCAGGGCCAUGUAGUAGUUCUGAUACACUACACAGCAAUUGGCCUGGAAGUUGAAACUUUUAAUGGGCAAUUACCCAGCACUGAAACUCUCUGACUCAGUCUCCACCUCUGCAUUACUGUUGGAGACUUCAGAAGGGUCCAACUGAUGUAGCCUUUCAGCUAGCCAAGAAAAGUUGGAAAAUUUAAAACCUGCUGUAAUUCCACGCUAACUGUACAACUGCGUCUCAAACACUCAUUGCCUUGCCAGUCACUCACACAGACUCCACCAGACCCAACCCGAGUGGACAUCUACAUGAACACAUAUUGGCUGAGAGAAGGUUCACUCCAAAUCCACUCAACCCAUAACCACCAUCCCCCCACCCCUGCACUCUGGAUCAGACAUCCCCUGUUCUUUAUCCAACCCACUCUCACCCCACCCUAUUUCAUACACCAACAUCCAUGUGUUGAAAUAGGCAGAAAAACAUAUUCAGAGAUUUACAAGUGCUUAUGGUUUAGCACAAACGUUAGUUUCCACCUAUCCCUCCUGAACCCUUCCCUGUUUGGAAGCCAAUAACUCACUGGGGAAGAACUCAGCUAUUAAAAAAAAACCUGUUCAGAUAUGUUAAUAACGCACUUCUGAAGUAAAUGGGAAUUGAACUUAGGCCUCCUUCGUGUGGAUGCUGGCCCUUAACAAGUUUCCUCACAAUUUCUUAGUGCAGAAUUAAACAUCCGCCAUCCCCAGCCUGUGCCUCAUCAUUGGGAAGUGGCUAUACACCACUGUGGAGGAGGCCCUUCUCAAUGACAGCUUUCUCACCGUGAUCUAGUUCUUACACCAGGUGACAAAGGGUUCAGCUCUUGUGGGGAUGGGUGAAAGGAGAGGGGCAUUGAAAAACUAGGCAUGAACUUUUUGGAUGCCAAUUUAGGAGGCAUGGUUAGUACAUUUGCAGAUGACACCAAAAUUGGUGGUAAAGUGGUGGUGAAGAAGCUUAUCUAGAAUACCAAUGGAUUUUGAUCAAUUGGGCCAAUGGGCUGAGGAGUGGCAGAUGGAGUUUAAUUUGGAUAAAUUCAAGAUAUUGCACUUUGGUAAAACAAAUAAGGACAGAACUUGCAUAGGUAAUGGUGGGGCCCUGGGUACUAUUGUCAAACACUAGAGAGACCUAGGAGGUUCAGGUACAUAGUUCUUUGAAAAUUGCAUCACAGGUAGACACGAUGGUUAAGAAGGCACUUAGCACACUCUUCAUGGCUCAGAACACUGAGUACAGAAUUCAGGAUGCUAUGUUGCGGUUAUUCAGGAUGUUGGUGAGGCCACUUUUGAGGUAAUGUGUGCAAUUCAGGUUGCCUUGCUAAAGGAAGGAUAUUAUUAAAUUGGAGAGAUUUGCCAGGGUGUUGCUGGGAAUGGAGUGUUUGUGUUCUAAGGAGAGGGUGAAUAAGCUGGGACUCUUUUCACUGGAGCGUAGGGGAUUGAGGGCUGACCUUAUAGAAGUUUGUAAAAUCAUAAGAGACGUUGAUAAGGUAAAGAGUAAAGCUCUUUUCCUGCGGGUGAGGGAGUUCAAAACUAGACGGUUUAGGUAUAAAGUGAGAGGAGAAUGAUUUAAAAGAGAACUGAGGGGCAAGUUUUUCACUGAGGGUGAAUCAUGUGUGAAAUGAACUGCCGGAGGAAGUGGUAAACACAUGUAGUUACAAUAUUUAAAAGAAAUUUGGACAGCUACAUGAAUGGGAAGGGUUGAGAGGGAUAUGGGCCAGAUACAGGCAAAUGUUACCAGUUUAGUUUGGGAAGCUCGGUUGGCUUGGAGGGUCUGUUUCCAUGCUGUUUGACUCUGUGAGAUAUUGGGACAUUACCACUGCAUUGUAACACUCCUUGGAAUUCGGUUUUUUAUUUUUUUUCCAUCCAGAGAUGCUAUUAUGCACCUUUGUGCAUUUUCUUUUUACCAUAACCAAUCACCUGUGUUUAUCGUUAAAAGGACAAUUUACAAACGCAGCCCAGCAGGAGCUGUUUAAUAACAACAAAGGUGAGAGAAAAGGGAGGGUCCUAAAUUAAAGUGUGUUGGAGGCGGAAUAAGACAUUCCACUGCAUACAGUAUCCACUUCCUCUCUUUCAGGGCACUCAGGUGGGAAUGUAGCAAGGAAAGGGGAGAAAUCAGCAUUUAAACACUAAAAUCCAAUGAGCAUUACUUGCUCUGAAUCAACUCAGGGGCGGUUCUGGUUGCUCCUUAAAUCGUCCUGAAAAUCCAGCUCUGACCAGCCUCCCUUUCCUUCAGAAAAAAAUUGUAAUUUUCCAAGGGUAUGUGGCUAUGAAAACAAAAUCAGACACCCACUGUUAGAUGGUGAAUCAUCCUUCUUCUUGAAGCUUCAAUAAUUUUUUAGUUGAGGCAUUCCUCUUAUUGAAACAUUCUGACUGUUGAUGAUAGGAUCCAUCCUCUUUAGGCAAUAGAUAUCUCUCCACUCCACCUUUUUCCUUCAAACUGGCUCUAUGUAAACUAAGCAUUUUUAUCAUUAACACUUUUUGUAGAACAUACAUUAUCACAAGGAUCUAUCUUUGGAAUGUUCUAUUUGGAUUGUUCUUUCGGAUCUUUUUACCUGUAACCCAUCUCCCAAAAUCUUAGACAAAUAGAUGCCAUACCAACAUUAUCAAUGACAGACAGAGUUCCACCACUCUUCUUAUUUUCUUGGCUUCCCAUGCCAGCAGGCAACAUUUCCCAUUUUCUCCCAAAAGGAACACCACAACCCUCCUGCACUGGAAAACCCACCACCAAGAUUUACAUGCAAGACAUCAUUAAAAAUGAUAAAAGUCACAACAUUGGGAUCACCAAAAAUGGAGCACUUCGGUCUACACUUCUCUAUUUUCAUUUAAGUUAAAUUUAUAUUUGCUGCCAUGGUAUCAUCCACCUUUGGAUUUUUCAUGGCCAGACUAAGCUUCAGCACUGCAAAAUUUGCAGUGUUGACCCAGUGAUACUCCUGAGCUAUUCUAUGUCAUCCAUGGUAGCAGCCUUCCCUUUCAGUCCACUCCGAGUGUGGCAAAUUGCAAUAGAAUUGGAAUUGUCCAAGUAUGUUUCUUGCAGAAUUACAUUUGCCUCACCCUGCUUCAUUUCCAAACCAACACAUAUUUGAAUUUGACUGAUAAUAUUUCCUUAGUCAACGGUGCACAAUCUCAACUCCCCCAGCACCCCCACAAAAAACAGUUACCUGCAUCGUAAAGAUGGCUGGAAGUUUUCCAUAACUUUGUCAUUAGGACAUCAUCAGGUCUGCCUUCAGUUAUGAGCACCUUAAAGUUAUCAAAGCUCCUCUUUCUGAAUAAUACCUUACAUCAGCAGAGCAGUUUAACCCAUAAACACAUUUGCUUUCUUUCCUGUACUCCUGGACUUACUUUGGGAUCUGUAAGACUACUUUCCCCUCGAGCAGAUUGCCCAGAAGGAACACUACUUUGAUAUCUAUAGAGGUAUGUUUCAUGAAAAGAUUUUAAAGUAGUUAAAACAUAUUUGCAAAUUUCCUUCCCAGCACCAGGAGAAUCUCCCCAAUCCAUCUUUUCCCUAAACUUUCCUUAAAGCCUCUCGUUACCAACCCAGCCUUGGCUUUAUAGGUCCCAUCUGGAAAGCUGUUUCGGUAUAGAUCCACCUGUGUGACAGUGCAGGUUAAUCACUAUCAUCAGCUUUAAUAGACUUUGGAUUCUUUCCACUUCUGUAGCUUCUUUAGUUUAGUCCUUUGUAUGAUACAUAUCUGCCAUUGUACUAGUAUCCUCAAACACUUUGCAAUUUUGGGGACUUCUCCUAUUAUCUAUUGUUUGAGAAAGCUCCCCAUUACCCAUACUAUCUCGGGAUAAUGGGAACUGCAGAUGCUAGAGAAUCCAAGAUAACAAAGUGUAGAGCUGGAUGAACACAGCAGGCCAAGCAGCAUCGUAGGAGCACAAAAGCUGCCGUUUCGGGCCUGAACCUGCAGCCUCCUCUCAGGUUGAGAUUUCUCUGAACUACUCCUGUCAGGACAUAUGCUAGACAUUUGAACAGUUACAUAUUUGAAGUAAGUCAUAAAACAGAUAGUUCUGAGAAUGAACAUGAUAAGAAAAGUGUGUGUUAGUAGACUGAAAACUUCAGUUGGCCCAUGUGUAUUUUAGUUGCUGACAUUGACAGAAACUGUAUGUGACCUUUUCCACUUAAAUGUAGCUCCCAAAUCAGUAGUAGAACUGUUUUCUAGUUCUCCACUUUCAUAUCCCCAGUUACUAAUCCACAACCCUUGGUCUUUGUCCCUCAUAUUGGACAUUUAGCCAAUUCUUAUAUUUUCCUGUAGAUUUGCCUGCACAUCUGGCAAUCAUGGCCACCCUCCAGUCAUCUGGCUCUGCUGGCCAGUAAACUGUAUGUGAGCAUGCCACAUAUCUAGGGCAGAUGGGAUUUGAACCUUGACCUUCUGGCCUAGAUUCAGCACCCUGCCACAAUCGACUUUGCAAUCAGCAGAGCUUUCUUUCUGCGCCUCAUAGGGACCUGCAUUUCGAACUCUGACACCAAACUUUCCAAUCUGAAAGCUACCUCCUAAUAAGAUCCAACUUGGUAGUUCCCAACUAACUCCCCUUCAACCUAUUCUAAACACGCAUAUACUUAGCUGACAGCCCACCCUCUGUACCCAUGGUACCUAGGGAUUCUGAGUUUGAUUGGAAGAUCUAGGCCCAGUGCUGAAACUUAUGUUGGUUUCUGUCAGAAUCGUUACCAUGAAAACAUGCAGCCGCUCAUUUGAUGGCACGAAAAUACAAAACCUGGUAUAAAACAAGUGUAUAUACAAGUCAUCAAUGUGAGUAGAAGUAAUGGAGCUGCUGCUUCUGCCGUUACAAGAUGGUUAAGCUUAGUGCAGGUGAGUUUAUAUUUAAAUUGUGGGAGUAUCACUGUGAAAUUACAAAAAUCUCAAUUAAUACGAGUACCUUUUAAGCCUGCUGCAUCUAAAAGUUUUGACCUAAGUACAAGAUAGCACAUCAUUCAAAUAAACCAGGAAACAGCAGGAGACAAUCUGGAACAGGUCAGAAUGAAUUAAUGUCCAUAUCAAUAGUUGUACAAGAGUCUGAUGGACCUAUCUUGAAAGAAAAACAAAAAGACAGAAGAAAUUUACACAAAGCAGUGUUUAAAUAUGAAACCAAUAUAAACAGUUACACAUGCGUUUCCCAUUAGAGUGGGAGCUUGAGGGUGAGAAGGAAAAGUUGCACUGUUAUACUUACACAGGGGUGCAGCAAUCUUCCAAACAAUUCUGAGCUGUUUGUGCUUAACUUUCCAUUAUUCACUAUCAGCGCAGCUUCAUCUGUUCCUAAAUUGUUAAAAUAUCUUACUGUUUGAAAAGAUUUGAAGUAAACCUUAUAUUGCAGAUCAAUAAUCCCAAAAAUGAUCUUUCUCUUUAAAUGAUAAGUUGUAUUUCCACCAUCACAUGGUUUAAAAGUUAGAGGAUCUGUUAGAAAGAGAUGUUUUCUCAGGCAUGAAGUUGCUUAUGAAUAAGUGACUGUUCUGGACAACCUUGCAAUCUUAUUUUCUUAAUAAAGUUCAUAGCACGAUAUGAUGUUCUUAUUCGAUGUGUUAUGUAGUAAAGCAAAAUGAAGGCAUUCUUUAACAAAAUUAAUUCAAUGAAUCAAU